AUGAUGAAAUAAUAAGAAAGCGAAACGCCCCAGAAAAACAAAGGCUCUUGAGGGAUUUUGGAAAACGGCCGUUCCCAUGUAUGAAGAUGUCUCUGGUGGAUCUGGGGAAGAGAUUGUUAGAAGCCGCCCGCAAAGGCCAAGACGAUGAAGUCAGGACGCUGAUGGCGAACGGGGCGCCUUUCACCACGGAUUGGCUGGGAACAUCGCCGCUUCAUCUGGCAGCUCAGCAUGGUCACUACUCCACUGCAGAAGUCCUACUUCGGGCAGGGGUCAGCCGGGACGCUCGGACGAAGGUGGACCGGACGCCGCUUCACAUGGCAGCUGCCGACGGGCACUCACACAUCGUUGAGCUCCUGAUCAGGAAUGGGGCCGAUGUGAAUGCCAAGGACAUGUUGAAGAUGACGGCUUUGCACUGGGCGACAGAGCACAACCACCGGGAUGUUGUUGCUCUGCUAAUCCGAUAUGGGGCUGAUGUGCAUGCGUUCAGCAAGUUUGACAAAUCUGCCUUUGAUAUCGCUUUGGACAAAAACAACCCAGAGACUUUGCUCAUGCUGCAGGAGGCCAUGCAAAACCAAGUUGUCACCAGCCUGGAGAGGGCAAAUCCAGUCCCAGGCUCCAUGACUGUCAACCAGCCGUUCAUCCUGACCUCAGGAGAGGUGCUGAGUCUAGCCAGCCUUGUUUCCUCAGCAGAGACCAAAACAACCUCAGCAGGAGAUCCCCACAUUUCCACCAUGACGCUAUCAAACUCAACCACCUCAGUCCUUGCCACGCUGGCAGCCAUCGCUGAAGCCUCUGGACCGCUUUCCAGUUCAAACACAACCCCAGUUAUCUCGGAGGAAGUUGUGGAAACCAGUGCCGUGGAUCCCCCUCUCCAACACGUCGUCACUAGCGGGGGCCAGCGGGUGAUUACGAUUGUAGCCGAUGGGAUCCCGCUGGGCAACCUCCAGGCAGCCAUUCCCAGCCGUGGCCUCGGCCAGCCCUUCAUUGUGACAAUGCAGAACGGGCAGCAAAUCCUAACUGUACCUGCUGGUCAGGUGGCAGAAGAAAUGAUAUUUGAAGAAGAAGACGAAAAUCAUCACGUACCCGAGGAAGUGGAGCCUCCUCUCAAGAAAAUCAAAGUGGAACAUGUUAUUGACGAAGUGGAGGAGAGACAGGAAACUGUGGAAAGGGAGGUCUUGCAGCAGCAGCUCCAAGAAGCCAACCGGAAAGCUCAGGAAUACCGUAGCCAGCUGAUGCGGAAGGAAGAGGAAGCGGAAAAGUAUCGGAGGAAGCUGGAAGCCAUGGCUUGCCAGCAAGAGAGUGGGACAGAAACCUCCGCCGCGGUGGAGGAAGGGGAAGAUGCAGAGGAGCGCAAUGAUGAGGUGAACUCGGUGGAGGUGUCGUCGGAAGAAACUGUCUCCUCGACCCUAGAAGGGGAGUUCCCGACCGACAUUGCGGUGGAGACUGUCACCUCGUAACUCCCAGGUCGCUUUUUCCUCAUGUUUUUAUUUUAAAGGAAGUGCGGAAAACGACUCAUCCGGGAAGUGCGUCAAGGGUUAUGUUCUCCGGUGACCACACAACUGCCCCCAAACCUUGGACAAAACUAUUUCAUGUGGGGCCAGCUCCGGAGAGGGAGGGUAACCCCCUUGGACUUUAAAUAACCAUUCGCUGCAUCUUUCCUUUCGAAACAGGGCUUGAAAGCAACCUCAAAUGCCUUUUCCAAAUAUCUGUUACCUUGAUAUUUCAGAGAUAUAUUUUUGUAAGACGUAGCUUGAGAUUCCUUUGAAAUAGCCAACAAGUGACCUAAAAAAGAGAGAGAGGGAGAUCCCGUUUUAUAGGGCAAAGUGGACUUGGUAUGGUGCACCAAUCGCCAGUGGUUUUGUGACAUGCUGGGUAGUGGCUUACCUGCAGUUGUAACAAACAUUGGUGUGGGUAGGAAAAGGGAACAGGUUGUGUGCCCCAGUCCAAGAAGUCAGAGGGAACGCAUGGGGUUCAUGGUCGCUGCACUCCUGUUUGGGGACACAUGCAACAGGCAGAAAUGGGUGCCUCAAAGGCAGGUGCGAUAAAACUACCCUCAUGUUGAAGUCUUGAACACAAGGCUGCUUCUUUGCAGUGCCUCCCCUUACGGGUGUGGAGAAUUUUUUGGAUGAGAGACCAGAAGAAUACAGUUUCUUCAUAAAGGAAAGAAGAAUAGUUUUGCUGCCACAGUACAGAGAUGCCAUAUGAGGUUAGGAGCCAAGACAAACAUCAGAACCAGCCCUAACAAAGUGAAUUGACUGCUUCAGGCAGUGGGUUUUCAGUGUUGUUGAAAGCAGAGCACUGAGAGGGAGCAGGAUUACUUGUUUGGACUACAACUCCUAGAAUCCCCAUCCACUGGAGACUGGGAGAUAUAGUCCCUAAAUGUCUAGCAUGCGCAGAUUUCAGAUUUUAAAAAGCAAGCUUCUGCAACUUGGUGCCCUCCAAAUAUCCUGGACCACAAUUCCCAACAGACCCAGCUGAGAGAUGGGAGUUGUAUCCAAAACAUCCGGAGAAGGUUUAGUUGGUGGCGGCUGUUGAAGUGCCUCCCUCUCGUCCCGAUUUCUCAAUGUAACAAGAAAUAAUAAUAAUAAUAAUAAUAAUAAUGAAAUAUGCAACUAUUAACAACUGGGUGACUGUCUGGAAAGAAGACAAAAAGCCAUUUUCCUUUGGCUUGGAAAGCCAAUUGCCUUCAGAAAUGGGGUUUCUGAAUCUGUUUCAGAACAAAGCCAUGAGGUUGGAACAGGUUUCAUAUCGCAAGGUGCAUUUAUUUAUAUGGGCCUAAGAGCCUGCAGCCUCAGAUGGAGCUGCGAUGGUGGAGUUCUCUUGCGUUACCUACUUCUGCUAAUGCUUUACCCCCAAACCUUCAGCAAGUUGGUGCCCGACCAAAGGGUUUCUGAGAUGCUGGAGGUCAGGGAUCUUGAAAAUGACACCCGCAGGGCUGUCCUGGAUGUGAGGUGUGUAGGAAAGACCUCUUUGGGUCCUGUCUCAAAAUGCCCCACAACCAGGAGAGCACCUCAAUGGUCAUUUCCAAGGGCCCCAAUUUUGCGGUCCCUCAGAAACCCUUUGGGGCAAUUCCUGGCUUAAGAUGUAGGCUUUGGGGGUUGUGUUUGGGCUUUUAACAACUAUAAAUAUGAAUUCUAAAAGUUACAAAGUCUUAAGCCAAGCUUACGAUCUUGUAAAUAUCGGACAGGAUGCCAUCCAUCGUUUUAUAGUUCCCUGUAUUUUUAAAAUGAAGUAUGUGCUUAUACUUAACAGAGUAGCCCUGUUUGCCCUGCUUAGUUUGCAACACACUCUUUUUAAUUUGUGCCAUGAAAGCAUUGCUAAUAAAUAUGGUGGCUUCCCCAUAGCCAGGAUCACUAGGCAUUCCAUUGAUGGCCCAACAGAGCUUGGAAAAGUUCCUUUUCCAUAGGACCCUGGCUGGAAAACUGUGGGACUUGUCCAAAAAGGUAACUAUUCCCGUCUCUUGCACACUUGCAACGCUGUGAUUCCACUUUGACUCCAGUGACACCCAUCCUAGGGGUUUGUAGUUCUGAGAGAAGCAUCAAGGGUUUCCAAAACUACAGCUCCCACAUUUCCAUGGGAUGGACUCAUGGCAAGUGGAAUCGCAAUGCUAUUAUUUGUGUAGUUUUCAGGGGCUGUAAUGUAUAAUCGGUGUCUCAGGAUGUUGGUAUCUAAAGGAACCAACACAACAGACACACAGCAGUUGUUGUUUUCUCCAUCCUAAGGAUGGAAACGUUCCUUUGGGGUAACAAAGUGAGGAUCACACUUAAUGUCACACCGAAUUACGACAAACUCCCAGUCUUAUGAAGAGCAAGUCUGUGAGAAUUUGCAGAAUGUAGUUUUGUGUUAAAACAAAAUUGAUUUCCCGUGCAACUGCUUUCUUCCGAGAAAGAUCUUGCAGGGUUAUUUGCUUUUAUAAGAUCAAUUUUGUAAUGGCUUUCUAUGAACCCUGUGCUUUUGCCUUGUGCCUUAAUGGCCCUUGGAUGGAGAAGAUUUGGGCAGAGGCUGCCCUCCUCUCUUGCCAACUUCAGCCCAGAAAGAGUUUUCACUAGGCAUGAAAACUCUCCAAUUUUGUGCCCUUUUUGAGCUCUCUGCCGAUACGCGUUUUUAUUGUUUUCAAAGAAAGGUAAGGAAAAAGCUUUAUGUACAGGCUGCCUUGUUUAGGAGAAUGGGAAAAGUAUAUAUUUUGUAUUUAUCUUUACGUUUUAGGGUCUUUUUUGCCUCAGAAGGCUCAGUUUACAGCGUGUACAAUUCCUUCCUUCACAACCCUCCACCCUUUUUUUUGGUACAUAUUUGGUUAAUAAAAGUCAAAAAAGUCCCACGCUUCUCAUUGUUUUUUAUUUCUUUUCUGAGCUCGGAAAACGAAACGCGGACCGCUUGACUUCGGUCAAAAUCGGCGCAAAGCCUCCCGGUGCGACUGCGCAGUCGGUGAGUCCAUUGGACACCCUUGCUGUUUUCUGGAAGGAUCUUUUAAGGAUUCCAGGUGCGUUUCGUCCCUUUGCUCAGAAGUCUGGAACCAACGUUCAUAACCAAACAUUUCUACCGCUGGUUACGAUGAGCCGGUCGGUACGGUCGCUUUGAUUUAUAGCAACCUAACGGGAUUUUGA